CAGUGAUUGAUUAGUAUUUGGUAGCGCGUAGAACUGAAUAGUGAAUAGCUGAUGGCUGUCGUGUAUUACUGAAAUGCUUAUUAAUUAGUAAUACGUACUACGUAGUCUGGUAGUGUAGUGGAAUUGAAUAAGGUUUAAGGUCCGACGUUAAAAUGUUUACUUAUACAAAUCCUCGUAAGUCUCUUCGGUUAAAUAAAAUUGAACCAUCGCCAUUUUCAACAAAUCGAAAACGUAGAUUAUUUUCUGAAAACAAUUCAGAUGAAAAUAUCUCUCCUUCUAUGGUUUAUGAUCCUGAGCAUGCUUUUUCUGAAACAUCUUCAAAUAUAAAUUCAACUAAAUUAAGUCCUACUUUAAGUGAAAAAUUUGAAAGCCUUAUUUCAAAAUCAAAGCAUGAGCAUUUAUGUUUAUCAUCAAUUACCACAACUGAACCUUCAAAUCUUCAAACAAUUGAACAAACUGCCACAACACCAUUGAAUUCAAAAAAUGUCAAAGGAGACAAAAAUCAUUCAAACGAAAGCUUGAGCUUAAAUAAAAUUAAAAACAACAAUGCUGAGUCUGAAGUAAAAGCUUCAUGUUUUUAUGAUUAUAAAACAAUAUCACCUAAAAAUUUUAGUAUUGAACGAGUUACUCGUUCACAUUAUAAUCCUAAAGUAAAAGCAAACUUAUUUAAAGAUAAUAAGUCAACUAGUAAAAAAAGACCUAGAUCUACUAGCCGAGAACUAAAAACAAAAAUUAAUUUGUUUCCUGAUGUUAUACCACCAUUUAAAAAGAAGCCUAAAGAUAUAAAAUCAUUUAAAAAAGAAGAGGAAACCAAUUCUACUAAAAAAAAUGUAGUUAAAAAUACUAAGACUCCUAAACAAUCUUCUUCAAAAAAAAAUGUAUGGACAGAAUACAUGAAUCAAGAUAAACCCAAACGUAUUCUUAUGGAACAACACGACAACAGAAAAUUUUUCAAGUCUAAAGUGGUUCAUAAUGAUAUACUAAAUAAGAAAAAAGAUAAUGGUUUUAACUUUAAAGUUAUAAAUUGGAAUGAUGAAAAUAAUAUUAGUUCUACAGUUGAAGUCAAAGAAUCUAAUUUAAAUGUUCUAGAAAGAUUCAAUGAUGACAAUAUCAGUGAAAAUGAACAAUAUAUAAAUAAAUCAAUAGAAUUGUUAGAUGAUAGCUAUUUAACAGCUGCACAUAGUUUGCUACCAACUCCAACAUUAAAAAGAAAUUAUAAAGAUUCAGAAUUUUUAAAUAAAGAUGUCCAAAAUCAAAGCUCUAUUCUAAAACCAGUUUUAAUUAAGAAUGCUUAUGAUUUUUAUGAGGAUUGUGAUGUAGAAAAAUGUCUUUCUGCUUAUUCUUCACCAGCUGCUCAUCUAAAGGAUGUAUCAAAUACUUCAACUGAUUUUAAUGACACAAUUAUAGACGAAUCAGUUGAUACUUCAAUCGAUAUUAAUAAUACAAUUAUAAAAGAGUUUCCUGAUACUUCAGUUAAUGUAAAUGAAUCUCCACGAACAAACUUGUUCCCAAUUUUUAAUAAUGAAACACCUUCAUCUAGUCAUAUUAUUUGUCCUAGUGAAAAAAAAAAAAGUACAGUGCGAAAAACAAGAAAAAAUAUUGACAACACUCAAUAUCAGAUUUAUGCAGGACAAAAGAAAUUUGGUGGUUUUUUAUGCAAACAAUGUGGUCUUUAUUAUUCAAGAGGAGAACUAGAAGAUGAAGCAGAACAUGACAAAUACCAUAAAGCCAAGGAUAUUUUCAAGUAUAAGACCGUAAAAAAUGAAAAAGUUAUUUUUAAAGAUUUUGAUGAACGCAUAGUUGUAAUAUCUGGAUCAGAUUCUAAACUUUUAUGUUCAAAAGCUUUAGAAGUGAUGUCAUAUGUUGAUGCAGAACUUGGCUGCAGUACAGGACUUUCUGUUUUACCCACUACUAAAAAAGUUUAUUUGUAUAUAAAAAAGAAACAAGUGAUUGGAUGCCUAGUAAUAGAUUUUGUAUCUCGGGCUUAUCAGAAUAUAGAGACUGAAACAGAAGAUAUGAUUGUUGUAUCUGUAGAAUCAUAUCCUGUGAAAGCAGGUGUUAACAGUAUUUGGACAAAAUGGGAUUGCCGUAAAACUGGAAUUGCAAAAAAAUUACUAGACUUUUUUCGUAAAAAUUAUGCAUUUGGUCACAUAUUGACACUUGAUGAAAUAGCCUUUACAGUGCCUACACGUGCUGGUAAACAAUUCAUCAAAAAGUAUACAAACAAAAAUGAUUUUUUAGUUUAUACUGGGUGGUAAUUAUUGUGAUUUAUUAUUCUUCAUUAUAUAAUAUACAUUUUUCAUCAUAAUACAUUUUAUUGUAUUCUUUGUCAGAGUUUUGUCCUGAUUAGUUUUAGACAUUAAGGUCAAUUUAUGUAGUAUUAAAAAAUAAUUUAUUUUUGUUAAUUGUUAUACAUUUAUUAUUUUUUUGGACCAAGUGUUAUUUACAUUCUAGA